AUGUGGUAUCGCAAUUCGGGGGGCAUCGUAGUGUCUCCCUCGGCGCAACAGGAUGAAGCGCCCUCGCCAUUAAUACAUCCUGUGUCGUAUCAGGAGCCCAUUGCCCACCGCAGCUGGGACAUUGGGAUGUCCGCGGGGCAGGAGGAAAAUAAGAGCACAGCAAGGCAGCCGACGGAGCAGGAUACUUCAUCCAUGCACACUCACGCAGUCGGCUCUCUGCACAAUAAUGUUGACUUCACGAACCCAGCAAAUGUGACCUCCUUGUUCUGGGAUCCUUCAUUUCAUGCACCAGAUCCGUUGCUGGACGUUGACUGGCUGUUUGAACAUAUCCCCUCGAAUUUCAACCCCAUGGAGAGGGGCACCGGAGAGGAAUUCUCGCCAACGCAAACUGGUUCAUCUGAGGUAUCCCCCCCGUCCUCCACUCAGGAUGAUCGGUCUGCGUUGAAAGCUGGCUCGCCAUCCUCUGCACCGUGGUUCUCUGCGCAGGCGCGACUGUUCGAGGCUCUUGGCACGCUACCCAAGAGCGUGCUUAGCUCUGCAUUCUUCAUGCCUUCGAACCUGUCGCACUUUUUCGAUCUAUACUUCGAGAACUACCAUCCUCAUUUUCCGAUUCUCCACAGGCCAACACUCAACCCCGCUACUGCUCCCGCUUUACUGAUUGCGGCCAUCGUUACGCUGGGCGCAACGCUUUCCAAAGAUGAUGAUCACUUUCAAAUAUCAACUCAGAUCCACGACUCCUUACGCUAUAUAAUUUUCACACUUAUGAAGCGUGGAGUAUCAUAUGUGUCCCCGGUAGGGAACAUGAGCCACCUGGAUUUCUCAUGGAAACAGUGGAUCGAAAUCCAGUCAUCCAACCGGACGGCAUUCUUCGGUUUCUUGAUGGACGCACAACACAGCUUCAUGUUCGGCCAUACUUGCGUUCUAUCCGUGCAAGACGUCCGCCUCCCGCUCCCAUGUCCCGAAAAUGUAUGGGAGUGCAACGACGCGGUCAAAUGGGACCGGUUAAUCCAAAAGGCCCCCGAGCCUCCCGGAUUCCUCCCCGUGCUGAAAGACCUGAUCGCCCAGAACCCAAUUCCUCCACAGAGCACUCCAUAUGGCCGAUUGAUCCUCUUACACGGCCUGUUCAGUGUCGCGGCGCAUCUGAAAGCCCGUGAAUCUGCAACCCUUGGCGUCGGCGGAACCGCUCCAGAUCGCUCUAGAACAUCGACCAUCGAAAGCUGGAAAGAUACUCUGGAGAAAGCAUUGGACACCUGGUCCUUCUGCCUCGUCUCGCGCAGCUCGUCUCUGGCCCUCGAGGCUUCGAAACCGCUAUACCGCAUGGCGUACGUGGCCAUCUAUACCGAUGUCACAGACAUGCAUAUCUUGGCUGGUGCGCCAUCGCUCCUGGGCAAUCUACCUUCCGAGCCGGACUUGGUCGGGGCGACGGCUCGGGUGGAAGCGUGGCGGGAGAAACCAGAAUCGAAACGGGUGCUCUACCAUUGCCUCCUAUUGAUCCAGGAGAUCUUGUUUACCGGGAAGCAGUACUUGGCCUGUCAAGACAACAUCUCUCUGCGGCCGUGGUCCCUAUAUCACGCCGUGCUGAUCCUGUGGGCAUAUGGGUUCAUGUCGGGGAGGAGGACCAAGACCCAGGCGCGAGCAAUUCCACUCAAUGCGGAGGAAUAUCUUGUCCGGAUGCUGAUGCUGAUUCGCAACGAAGAGGAUGUGAGUGUGGUGUCUCAGCAGACAGGAGAGCUACUGUUGGCAGUGCGAGAUUGCUUUGUCGGAUGUCGGUGGGAACUCCUUCAAGAGGCGUAUGUCACUCUAGGGAGGUUGGUGGAUAUUGCAGCAUGA